CACUGCGACUACAACACUUCUGGAAAUCCGUGUGUGGAUGAUGCACAUCACAUCUACUUUGGUCAAACAUCGUAAAGUCGUGGAGACGGAAACAUGUCAGACACUGCCAGUGUCUUCUUCAUCAAAAUCGGUGUCUUGACGCCUGUAGGACAAUUUGGCAAUAUUGUACUUUCUUGUCAUUUGAUUCACUAAAAAAAGUAACCUUUAGUGGACAGAGUAGAUAGCGCAGCACUUGGCUGUUAAACCAACACCAACUUUCCCCACACGACCUCCAGUGUCUUUGCCCCGUGGCGGUCCGCCGGCUCUGGUUGCGCGUCUCGUUUGCAGGUCUGUGACACGGAGCUGUUUGGGGAGCCGCGCACCGAGCGGCCAUGUGGGCGUGUUUCCCCUCGGCCCCACAACAGCCCUCCGCUCUUGUGUGGAGUCCAGAGCGCAAAUCGCACUUCUUCAUGGUGCGACCAGAGAGCAGCAAAAGUAGCAGCAGCAGCAGCAGCUCCAGCAGCAGCAGCACCAGCAGCAGCAGCUCCAGCAGCAGCUCUCCGACGCUGACGCGCAAACACCAUCUCCGGCCACGGCGGCGGCGGCGGCUGCUCCCGACAUCCAACUUCUCUGAGCCGUGGUGGCGGGGGCGGGGGAGGGAGGGAGAGAGUUGGACAAGAGAGAGAGUUUCCCCCCCCAAACACCUCCAGGUUCUUCUUCUUCUUCUUCCAGCCAUGGACGCAUCUCGAGCGGUGUCGUUAUAUCUGGGCCUGCUGCUUGUUUUCCUUGGGAAUAUACCGUGCUUCCAGUCCGCUGCCAUCAUCUCCCCCUCUGCGCCGCGGAGGAGCAGGGGCGCGAGGAUCUCUCACCACCAGGACGGACAGAGGUCGUCCAAAUUCCUGAAAGACAUCUUCGCGUCCCCGCCGCAUCCCGUCUCGGGCCACCACGGCGAAGACCCCAGGGACGCUAUCGUGCCGCACGAAUACAUGCUCUCCAUAUACAGGACAUACUCGGCCGCAGAGAAGCUCGGACUAAACGCAAGCUUUUUCCGCUCCUCCAAAUCCGCCAACACCAUCACAAGUUUUGUGGACAGAGGAACAGACGAUCUUUUGCACUCUCCUCUGCGAAGACAAAAGUAUCUGUUUGAUGUCUCAACCCUUUCAGACCAAGAGGAGCUGGUCGGGGCGGAAUUAAGGAUAUUCAGGAGAGCGCCGGGGGACUCGCAGGCCUCCCUGCAGACGACGGGCCUCUACGACAUCCAGAUCUACCCCUGCCGCUCGGACCGGCCGCUGGACUCCAGGUCCCUGGACCCGCUGGACUCCACCAAGGCCGGCUGGGAGGUCCUGGACGUGUGGGACAUGUUCAAGGCGCAGCAGCAUCACUAUCACCACCCCCAUCACCAUCAACACCACCACCACCACCACCAGGUGUGCGUGCAGCUCAGGGUCACACUCGGCAAGUCCGACGCCGAGGUGGACCUGAGGCCGCUGGGCCUGGACCGGAGCGGCCGGUCCCAGCAGGAGAAGGCCAUCCUGGUGAUCUACACCCGCUCCAGGAAGCGGGAGAACCUGUUCAGCGAGAUGAAGGAGAAGAUCAAGUCGCGGAGGUCGGUGGGCGAGAGGGAGAAGAAGGAGGAGGCGGCGGCGGCGGCGAGGGCCGCGGAGCAGCAGGGCGUGUCGCUGAGGGGGGCCAAGGGAGAGGGGCCCCGGCGUCGGCGGAGGACCGCGCUGAGCAACCGGCACGGCAAGCGGCACGGCAAGAAGUCCAAGUCCCGGUGCAGCAAGAAGGCGCUGCACGUGAACUUCAAGGAGCUCGGCUGGGACGACUGGAUCAUCGCGCCGCUGGAUUACGAGGCGUACCACUGCGAGGGCGUGUGCGACUUCCCGCUGCGCUCGCACCUCGAGCCGACCAACCACGCCAUCAUACAGACGCUCAUGAACUCCAUGGACCCCAACAGCACCCCGCCCAGCUGCUGCGUGCCCACCAAGCUCAGCCCCAUCAGCAUCCUGUACAUCGACUCGGGCAACAACGUGGUGUACAAGCAGUACGAGGACAUGGUGGUGGAGCAGUGCGGCUGCAGGUAGCGGCUGAUUACUUGUUUGUUUGGUUUGUUUGUUUUUUUCAAAAAAGGUAAAAAGGAAAGACAACUUUCAGAGACAGAAAACAAUCAAAGAUGUGUCUUGAUGGCUCCCGGGUUGAAGAUGUUCAAAGUCCUCGCAUGGUCUGAAAUGCUCUGACGCACGACGCGCCUCGUCUUUACUCAAAAGGGAUGCGCACAAAGAGGCAAUUUCUGCUAUUUAUUCCGACAUUCAUUUUUACACUCUCUGCCUUAAAAGAAGAAGAAAAAAAAAAGUGUUUUACGCGCGCACACGUUCCCAUCGACUCAUCAAACAGGCGUUUGUUUCCCACGAGUGGAGACGUGUCCGCAUGGCAACAGGGACUCUUUGGGAACACGGUGGUGUGUGUGUGUGUGUGUGUGUGUGUGUGUGUGUGUGUGUGUGAUGUGAUGAUGUGAUGUGACUGGGAGGGAGGCGAGUGAUGGGAGAGACGGGAGCCCAUUGAGUCCGGACCUCGUGCACCUGUUUCGUGCCGGGGCCGGAGGACAGUGGGCUUCGCCUGCCCGUCAGCGCUUUGUUGCAUAAACUGUUGCCGUGUGAUCCUGCCUGCCAGGCCCGGAGCCCUUUUGGGUAUGUGCACCCAGGCUGCAAACUGCCACUGUCCAGCUGGAGUCAGCCAUUACGCGGGGCCGAGGAGCAAAGUGCCUGUUUUCUUUUCUUUCUUUUUUUUUUUUUACAAUUAUUAAAUACAUAAGUGAAUGGGAAGAAGAAAAAAAAAAGGCUAAAUCAUAUAUCAAUAAAUAAAUAAAAGGGGUGAAUGUCUAACACACACACACACACACACACUGGUCUGAUGAGAGGAGACAACGUGGUGGUGGUGGUGAUGCCUUCAAGAGAUUUUUCUUUUUGGCGCUGGGAGAUGCGCCGUGCGCCUUUUGCGGACAGUGAAGGACACACAACCGGACUUGUGCCUUGGUGGAGUGGAGAGGCCCCGUUGUCCCCCCCCCCCCCCCCAAACACACAUUGAAAAACGAAAGAAUGAAAGAAAGAAAGAAGGAAAGAAAGAAACCUUUUGCUCAAAAGUCUGCAUCCUUACGAAAUGCACUUCCACAAACUGACCUUGCGCCAAGGACACGCGGUCAGCGAGAGAGUCCGUCCUCUCCUGACGACGAGAAGAGAGAGAGAGACUCGCAAAACGAGACGAUAUUUAAAUGCACAUUAGCUUUGAAUGCACUGCUGUUCAUUAUUAUUUCUUCUUCUUCUUCUUCUUCUUCUUCUUCCUUUGAGCUGUAAAUAUUUGUACAGUGGAAAAAAACUUUACAAGGUGCAAAAACGAAUGGAGAAAUGAGAAAACGGCAUUUCUUUGUAAAUAUACAAAAUGCACUCAAAUCGGUAUAAUUUCUAUUCUAUAAUUAUUUUAAUAUUUGUGGUGUACAGAGUUUCCAUGAUAAUCAUAUAUUUCUUACGUUGAUAAGAGUAAUUUAAAGGUGUAUUCGUUGUUGUUGUUGUUGUUGUUGUUGUUGUUUUUUGCAGAGGGUGGAAAAAUACCAUUAUUAAUGUCUACCUCAUAAUUGCAUAUAGGAUUCUGAGUUUUGAGGUGCAUUCAGUUAGAGUGUAAAGAGCUUUUACAAUGAUAUAUAAGAUCAUUUAUAUUCCUAUAUUACUGGAUAAUAUUCCACACCAUUACUGUACAAAUAAAAUUCCAAACAAAGUC